GCCAACUGAUUGACAACUGACAAUUGCGUUCAAUUGACAAUGGUCUGUUCGAUUGAAUAUUAAGUUCGUUUUGAUUUCAAACACUAAAUUUCUUGUUUCAUUAAUUGAUAGAAUUGUUUGUCCGAGUUGAUCGUUUAUAGUAACCCCUCGAAUUAAUAAUUACAAACGCACGAAUAGCAACUUUCCAAUGUGUCGUUAUAAUUAAUUAAUUGACAAUAAAAAAUGAAAAUCCUAAAAGACAAACUGUUGUCCGAAUCUCAACUGAGACGUCUCGGAGAGCACCAGUAUUCGUGCCAGUCGGUGAGUCUGUGCGAUAGUAUCCUGCAGCCUUACUGGAAUUGGCUUGUACUCAAAAUGCCUAUUUGGCUAGCUCCCAACCUCCUCACAAUCCUCGGAUUGAUUACCAACAUCUUUACUGCUCUUCUAUUAAUUGCGUUUUCGCCAGAUGCCAAAGCAGAGGCACCAAGAUGGACAUGUGCUCUAUGCGCUGUAGGUUUAUUUGUCUACCAAAGUCUUGAUGCCAUUGAUGGUAAACAAGCAAGACGCACUGGCAGCGCUAAUCCAUUGGGAGAAUUGUUUGACCAUGGAUGUGAUUCGAUUUCUACUGUAUUUGUGGCCUUGUCUGCCUGCACUGCUGUCCAGCUGGGUAACUAUCCAGCAUGGAUGUUCUUCCAGUGUUUUUGUGCAAUGACACUGUUUUAUUGUGCUCAUUGGCAGACAUACGUCUCAGGCACUUUGCGGUUUGGCAAAGUGGAUGUAACAGAAGCUCAAAUCACAAUAAUGGGUAUUUUGUUGAUAUCAGCAAUAUUUGGCCCCAGUGUGUGGUCCACAAAAGUAUUCGGACUCAAUGUGGUGCAAUUAGUGAGCACCGUGUUCUACUUAGGAUACGCACGCGUGAUAUUAGAUUUUAAAGCGAACAUGCUAAAAGGAGGCAAAGGGAAAAACGGUUCCACAGUUGCUAUUCCAAUAGUGGACAUGGAAGUGAAAAUAUUUUCGGCGGGUGUUAUCUGCGUUGUUGCCGCUUUUCUGGCUCGAGUUCAAUUUUUGGUAAUUUUUAACGGCGGCGCUGGCAAAAACGGAUCGACUGUGGCUGGCACUAGCGUUUUAUCCCCGGUCAUACCCAUCGUACUAGUAGUAUUGCCGGCUUUCAUAAUAUACAAAAAGUCAGUGCAGCAAAUUUACGAGACCCAUCCAGUGUUGUACAUCCUAACAUUCGGAUUGGUAGCGGCGAAGGUCACAAAUCGACUGGUGGUAGCGCAUAUGACAAAAAGCGAGAUGCAUAUGUGGGACUAUUCGUUGGUGGGACCGGCUAUGUUAUUCUUCAAUCAAUAUUUUAAUACGUUUAUUAACGAAUAUAUCAUCUUAUGGCUGGCCUUGGUGUGGGUAACCUUGGAUUUAGUAGUGUACUGCUAUAGAGUUUGCCAGGAGAUUUGCAAAUACCUCGGGGUGGAAUUGUUCAGCAUUCCUUACCCAGGCAAGCCCGCGAAAAACAUCAGCGAGAGCACGCAAUUGUCCGAUCGAAACGAGUCGGUUGGACUAAACGGAAACAGCAAGGAGUCCAGAUUUGACCCCGGUGUACUUUUUUUAUGGGGCACAUUGAAAGAUAUGGUUCACAAAGAUAAACCGUCAACAGUUUUGGAAGUGCAGAAACGAGUUCGCUCGGCAAUACACUAUCUGAAUGAAACCAAUUACGUCUCAAAUGCCAUAUACCAUUUAUAAAUAGCAUGUCCUACUUGUAUUCCUCAAAACGGUGGACAUAUUCAAAACCUAAUUUAAUUAAUUUUACUUGUAAGUAAUAUGCAUUAGUAGCUAGGGUUAUGGUUAUUUUUUGUAAUCAUUUCGCAUAGACAUUUGAACGUAGUUAUAAGCAAUUUGCAAUACCAUUUAUAAAUAGCAUGUAAGCAUUAAUUUUCCUUGUAUGUAAUAUGCAUUAGUAGCUAGGGUUAUUUUUUUGUAAUCAUUUCGCAUAGACAUUUAAACGUAGCAAUGAGCAAUUUGCCAAAUUUAGCAACAUUGUGCAAAGCUUAAUAUUCUAUUUUUAAUAUGACUUCUUAACAAUGCUCUAAAAUGGUUGUGAUCAAAUUGAUAAUUCUUCUCUUGAUUAAAUCUUAUACCCAGUUUUUAAUUUUGUCUGCCAAUUUUACCAAAUCGGUAAGUCAGAGACCCGUACUGUAUUAUACAAUUGAAAUUGCUAUUAAAGUAACUAUUCGAAAAUCCAAUCAUAUAUCAAGUUCUUGUUGAAAUGUUACUAAAUUUAGUAUUUUGCCCCGUUUGAACUGAUUGAACAUACAAAUAGAACUAAUAUAUUUCUGAAACGUUAUUAUAGUAUUGGCCAAUUUUUUCUUUAGUAUGUUGCUACGCCUUCAGAUAGCCAUUUUUACUAUGAAAUAUUGUGAAGUAUUUCCUAUUUCCAAAUUUGAAUAAGUGAUUAUUUUUCUAUAAUUUAAAAUUCACGUUGGGGAGAUUUUAGUUGUUGUGUUGUCGUCUGCGUCGUCUUUAAUUGGGUGUCUCAUUUGAGAAAAUUGAGAAAAGUAUCAUUUUAAAUUAUUUUAAAUUUGCUCAUUGCCAAAAGAAAAGUACUAUUUUCGUAAAAAUAAUGGAUGGAAAAAAGAUUUAAAAGAUAAUAAGCUAACCAACAAUGUUGGUUUAAACAUAACCCGAAUUCUGAAGAUAACCGCUAAUAAGUUCGAAACGGUGCAUCACAGACCCAUACUCAUAUAUGUCGUUGAAUUUGUCUUGAAAGGACUAUCCAAAAAUGCCAUAAGAUGUAGGGUGCUCUAUUUUUAAAAAAUAUAACUUUGUUUUACCACCCUGUAUAUAAAAAAGUGACGAUUAGAAAAAAAAGGGUAUGUUUCGAGAUAAAGUAUACCGCAUGGAAAGUUUUUUCAGUUUCAUUCGUAAACUUCGCAUCGACAUUGACCCACCACUAAUAUUUGAGACAGUUUCGAAGAUAAUUUUGAAUAUAUAGAGUGAUUCCCAAUUAUAAUGGGGAAACUUAACAGUGUAUUCAGCAGAUAUGCAUAAGUAAAAAAGUUCUUAUAAAAUUAUGAUUUAUUUCUUCAAAAAUUGAAAAUAUAAAUAUGAACGAAAAUAUAUAUAUUUUUAAUGACCAAAUAACACACUUUUUUCCACUACUAUAUAUUUAUGCGAAUCAAGUAAGCAGUUCGCGUGAAAAUUAACUUUGAAAUUGACCCCACUUUUAGUGACGCAUUAAUUUAAUACAGCUACUAGAGAUAUAGAGUCCCUGCCUGUGCCGAUUUAUAAAACAAUUACAACAAAAAAUGUUGAUGUCUGUUUAACGUACGCAUGCGCGGCAUUUAAAAAUCUCAUUUUUAACCAAAGACCUUGCGGCAUUCAACAACCAACAUGCCCGAUAAAAAAUUUAUUAAUAAGUCUGGAUCAUUCCCAUCUCUACCUGCCUGUGGGGCAUCAAUUUUUACCAUAGUGGUGUCACUAUAUUAUCUACUAGCUAUAUGAUUAAUUUUAAAGCAUUUAAAAUGUUUUUGGGACUUUUUUUUGUAAAUUGUUAUUGAACCAUGUUGUCAGGUAAAUGCAAAUUUAUUUUGUAAAAGUUAGGUUUAUUUUUUCUAACCCUACCUCUAUUCACAUUCAGCUUCACAUUGAUUAAAUUUAGUUUUUAAAGUCGUUGGUGCUCUUCGGUUAAACGAAUUUAACAAAUAUCAUAAACAAAAAUGGCUCAUAGCGUUUAUAUAUAAAACAAUUUGCAUUACAAUACUAACCAAACCUAACCCAUAUUUUAUGAUACAACUUG